AUGCCUCGAGUGGAAGAAGUUAAAGCUCGGAGGGAGAGACUAGCGGCCGACUUCCCAGAGAGGUUAGCGAGUACUUCUGCUUUUCAGAAAAGUAACGAUGGUGUUAGUAUUACAUGUGAUAAUUGUAAGAUAAAUAGCUUCAAAGGUUGUUAUUGCGUCGACUGUAAAAUGUUUAUGUGCCCCAGCUGUUUGACUGCACACGAGACUCUUCAAGUUACGUUUGAAGGACACACAAUCAUACCAGCAGCGGAGAUUCGACCAGAACUUUACGAGGUCUUAUUGAAGCGCGAAAAUUUCUGCUUGGAGAAUUACCACUUGCAGUCAACAACAAAAUAUUUCUGCCUGAAUUGUCAGUCUUGCAUUUGCUUUUUAUGCGUCGUGACGACACACCGGGAACAUGAACUUUUGGCUCUCGACGAGGCAGCUGACAUCGAAGCGGAGAGAAUUAUUACGAACAUUGAGCUAGCCAGAAGAAAAGAAAACGUGUUGAUCGAUGCGAUCGAGCAGUUUGAAAAAAGUAUCGAAGAGUUAGAAAUCAAUGCUGAAAUCGCUAAUCAUGGAGUCUGUGAGGCAACCGAAGAAAUAAUUUCAGACAUUCGAGAACGCGCGCUUGAAACACAUGCAUCCUUCGUUACGACACACGCAAUUGAACAAGCGAAAAUAAACAUUGCAAACGAAAAAAUGCUAACCCAGUCCAAAUGCGACGAAACAACUCCAGCGUCGACAAUCCACGCCACAGUCGACAAACAUAGAGCCUUACGAGAAGUUGGGAAAUAUCAACAAAUAAUUGCAGAAAGUCAAGAACGUCAGCGUGAGGCAGUUGAAUAUCUAGAAUACAUUGAGAAUACGCGCGUUACAAGACUUGAGAAAAUUGAUGAUGCUAAAAGGAAAGCGAAAUCACUGUUGGAACAAGUGAAUCGGUCUGUCGACUUUGUGGAAAGUGUGGUUAUGUAUGGUUCAAGUUCAUACAUUAUGCAAAAUCGGGAAAAUUUGUAUAAAAGAGUUAAAGAUCUUUGCGAAACUGAAGUUCCACAACAUCACGAAACUUCUUUUAUUAAAUUUACGGCGGCAAGUGAGGCGGGCCAAAGACUGGGUUACAUCUUAACUGAGGAGAUAGAUCUGAAUUUGACCACUUUGGAAGGACUGGAUGAAACUCUUGUUGCUGGCGUAAAGGCAGUGAUGAUGUUAUGUCCAAAAACGACCGAGGGUAACACAAUUAACCAGCCAGACUUAAAGGGUCUUGUAGAAGUAUUGAUUGAACCUGCACCGGAAGUGGCGGAUUUGGCUAUUAGCGACAAAAAAGAUGGGAAGCUUGAAAUACAUUUUACGCCGAAGGUACCAGGUGCCUACAGCAUUGAAGUUAAAAUCAGUGGUGACAGACUUCUCAUUUGCCCUGCUAGUGUAGAGGUGACAGAAAAUGAAGUGGCUCUGAACACUCGACUAUUUUCCAAGACAGAGAUUAAGAGGGAGAUUUUCAAAGAAACGAUCACAGAGAGAGGAGAGGUAAAAAUGUUAAAAGAGCUUCCUGGUUGUUUUUCAUUUGCAUGCCGUGCUGUGAGGAAACCUACGGAGGUCAUAUGCUCAUUAUGGAGUCCAAGAAUCCGAUCACCAUCUCUUGGACCAAAUGAGAUCAUAGUAAGCAGUGUUGUAGAGCUUUCUCUGAAUGAACGGCCAUCGACUUCUAAAGACAUGAAAGAAUUUCACGGAAAAGUGAUGAUAGCUAUAUCACACAGUGCAACUGACCUGAAAGGCUAUGAACUGGUGGUAAAAAAAUUGACAAAUGGAGAGAAUAAGGACUGGGAGGACUUGGAGACCAGAAGUGUCUGGAGACCAUCAGAUCUAGAAAGUGGACAUUUUGGAAGGCAGCGACUUCCAGAUUGGUUAUUUCCUUUUGUUGAGGCAGAAAUAGGAAGUUCCGCGUCCUUUGCUGUAGUAUGGCGCCUCAAGUCGUUCAAAUUUAACAAACCAUCCUUAACGACCUCUCAGUUUACUUGCUCUCUCCAAGAGUAUCCAGGACUAAGUGUGAUUGUUCCUCAAAGUUCUCUCCCUUCAAGUGAAAACUUUUCAUUGACGUUAAAGGUACAAGAGGCUCCGUGUGAUGCAUUUCCAAAUAGAACCAUCUUUGGCGGACCUAUCCUUCACAUUUCGUGUAAUCCAAAACUAGGGCACUUAUCGACACCUGCCACGUUAAAACUCCCCGUUACUCUGCGAGAAGACACGAUUAAGUUGCCAUACCAUUCGCCCUAUGACUUAAGAAUAUUUUGUCGACGCUCUGAAGACGAAGAACCAGAAUGGGCAGAAAUGACCGAAGAACUAGGACGAUCAGUAGAUCUUGAGAACGGAAUAGUGACUUUUGAAGUAUACCAUCUCUCAGAGUUUUGGGUAUGGCUAGACUGGAUGAAGAAACCUGCUGUUUCUAUGAAGACGUCUGUACAGGAUCUGUACAGGAGACUCAUGGCGCAAGAAGCCCGAUUUUUAGCUUGCCUAUGUGAUAUAGGGAAACCUGGGGACUACUUGCUAACUCUUUGUUGUUUCCCAUUCCACUUAAAAAACUUGGUGCAAGAAGGUUUAUCUUCAACAUACCGUGUGUGCUGUCAAGGUGAAGAAAACUCAUUGAAGCCACUUUGCAGGGAAGAUCAAGCAUUUGUGUCCCUCUCCGAAGCAUUUAUUGUAGUGCAAAAAGGACAAUUUGAAAACUUUUUUCUGAACUUAUUCCUAGAGACAGCCAAGCGUCCAUUUCACCAAGGGGAUUUGAACCAGAGGACUCGAGCAUUUCCAUCGACAGAAUAUUGAGAAUAACUAUAUUGGCAGAUGAAUGGAAUUCACUGAAAGGUGGUUUAUCAACUUUUAAUAGAGAACUUGCUAUUCACUUGGCGAGAAAUCCAAAAGUCGAUGUCACUUUCUUCGUCCCACAUGGUGUUUGUGGGA